CGCGACUAAGGGACGGGGCACGACAAUUAUUGCCGAUCUACAACAACAUAUUGCUAGACACAGUUCAAUAUGCAAACAUGGAAGAAGGACGCGCCUAAGACGAAGGCUUUUUCGGCUGAGAAGGAGGGGAAGAUGCUCCAAUAUGUUAAUGAUAAUAGACACUUCUCUUUGAUCCGUGCACUUCAUCUGGCCGAUUUACUCACAGAAAUGAAUGGAUUCUGUGGCGUUAUGAGCAUUUUUACGAGUCUGCGGUAUUGUUUGGGCGAUCAAUACGACUAUAGCAACUUGUGGAAAGCACUGCUUUUAAUGCCCUGUGGUUUGCUCUUUGAUUUCAUGGAUGGUAAAGUGGCCCGCUGGCGUGGAAAGUCGUCUUUAAUGGGUCAAGAAUUGGACAGUUUGGCAGAUUUGAUUUCCUUCGGUGUUGCACCUGCAGUUUUUGCAUUUGUUUGUGGCUUUCGCACGACUUUGGAUACUAUCGUAUUGGCAUUCUUCGUUUUAUGCGGUCUUUCACGGCUUGCGCGCUUUAAUGUGUCGGUGAACUACAUUCCCAAAGACAAAAACGGAAAAUCUCAGUUCUUUGAGGGCACCCCAAUUCCCACGACAUUGAGUCUCGUCUUCGUCCUCGGUCUGUGUACUCUCCGGGGAAAAAUUCAUGAACAGCUUCCCGGUGGACUUUGGGCAGCCGAAACUUGCUUCAAGGUUCAUCCCAUGGUCUUCCUUUUCGCCAUCAGCGGUUUCGCCAUGACCAGUAAGAAGCUCCGUGUACCUAAACUCUGAUCCGUUUCUCCCUUGCCAGCAUGUAAAUAUACAUUAACACAGCGGAUCACAGUUCACGGAUGUAUAACACAGUAAUGAAAAUACUCUGUGGAAAUG